AUGGCUUCCACGGCUGCAGACCCUGUCACCCAGCCGGCCGUAGACCUCGAGAUGGCCGACAGCAACCAAGAAACCACAUCCGCCGUCCCUGUGACCGCCAAUGGCGACAACGGUGCCGCAGCAUCAAGUAGCGGGGCACCCGAAUCCGAAGCUCAACCUGCCUCCAAAACCGCCGCUGAGAACGACAACGACGCCUCCCCCGCCGUCGCCGAAGAAGAACCCAAACUCUCCAAGAACCAACUCCGCAAACUGAAACGCAAACAAGCAUUUGAGGAAGGCCGCGAGGACCGCAAGCGCAAGCGCAAAGAAAAGCGCCACGACCGCCAGGCCGCCCGCCGCGACCAGAUCGCCGCCAUCGUCGCGGACGCCGAGGCCAAGGGUCUCGACCGCUCGCAGAUCAUCAUCCCCCCGAAGCGCAAGACCCCCAAGGUCCCCGCCGUUCAGACGCCCGUCACCCUCAUCCUCGACUGCGACUUUGAGAGCUACAUGCUCGACAAGGAGCUCGUCAGCCUCGCGAGCCAGAUCACGCGCUGCUACUCCGACAACCGCCAGGCGCGCUACCGCGUGCACCUGUACGUCAGCUCGUACGGUGGAAAGCUCAAGGAGCGCUUCGACACGACCCUGGGCGGGCAGCAUAACGGCUGGAAGGGCGUGAAGCUCGUCGAGAGCAACUUUGUGGAGGCGGCGAAGGAUGCGGAUGAGUUGAUGGCAGGUCAGAAGGGCGGCGAGGUGAUUGAGGUGCUCAAGGGCGAGGGCAAGGAGAAGCCUGCUGUUAUGAGGGAUGUGUACGACAAUGCGCCGACCCCCGACCACGAGCCGGAACCGGUGGACGAGUUGAAGAACAUCGUCUAUCUCUCUGCCGAUUCCCCGAAUACGAUCGACCGCCUUGAGCCUGGUGUAAGCUACGUUAUCGGCGGACUCGUCGACCGCAACCGCGAGAAGGGUCUCUGCCACCGCCGCGCGAGGGAGCUGGGGAUCAAGACAGCAAAGCUGCCUAUUGGGGAGUACAUGAACAUCUCCAGUAGAAGGGUGCUUGCUACAAAUCAUGUGGUGGAGAUCAUGCUCAAGUGGCUGGAGACCGGCGACUGGGCCGAGGCGUUCCUGAGCGUUAUCCCCAAGCGCAAGGAGGCACAUCUCAAGGGCGAGGGUGGCAGCGCGAGCGGGACACCGACGGCAGAGGUCGAGGACAGUAGGUUCGAGGAGGAAGACGACGAAGACUUGGAUGAGCAGCAGACCAUUACGGAGAAUGUUGCGGUGCCCGAGCCAGCAGAGGCAAAGGGCGAGGAGGCCAAGACGGCCGAGAGUGCCUCAUAG